AUGGAUCACACUCAGCAUACUCAAACGCAGGCAACACAACAAUCACCUGCUACCCAAGUGGAUGAGAAUCCUGAAGAGUCUUCUAGAAUCUGUCGACUAAUUUGUACUACAGAACAACUUAGCUAUAUUGAUCUUAAACCUGAUGGUUUACACCCGAAUGAGAAAAAGAGUUGGCUUGCAGGAAGACAUUCUAAUUGUGAUAUUGUCUUAGCAUCAUCAUCAAGAAUAUCUAAUUAUCAUUUUAAAGUAUGGUUUAAUCCUUCUGAUAAAACACUUUGGAUCCAGGACACAUCAACAAACGGAACACAUUUGAAUAAUAAUCGAUUGGUUAAAGGGUCUAAUUAUAUAUUGAAUCAAGGAGAUGAGAUUUCUGUCGGUGUAGGUAUACCGAAAGAUGUGGUUAAAUUUGUAGUAUUGUUCACUGAUGAAUAUAAUCCUACACUGGUAUCAACUUCAAUUAAUGGAGAUUCCAAAAAGGAAGGAAUUUAUAAGGACUUUAUUAUAAAAAACGAUACUAUUGGUCAAGGAGCAUUUGCAACUGUCAAAAAGGCAAUUGAAAGAUCAACUGGAGAUUCUUAUGCGGUUAAAAUCAUUAAUCGAAGAAAAGCUAUAAAUACUGGAGGUAUGGUUGGAGUUGAAAGAGAAUUGGAUAUUUUAAGAAGAUUGGAUCAUCCCAAUAUUGUAAAAUUGAAAUCUUUUUAUGAAGAUCCAGAUAAUUAUUAUUUGGUUAUGGAAUUGGUUCCUGGAGGUGAUUUAAUGGAUUUUGUUGCUGCUCAUGGUGCUAUUGGUGAAGAUGCAACUCAAGUAAUCACCAAACAAAUACUUCGAGCAAUAGCUUAUGUUCAUAAAAUGGGGAUUUCACAUCGAGAUUUAAAACCAGAUAAUAUUUUGAUCAUGCAAGAUGAUCCAAUAUUAGUUAAAAUAACUGAUUUUGGUUUAGCAAAAAUUAGUGAUAGUACAACUUUCAUGAAAACUUUUUGCGGAACUCUUGCUUAUGUUGCACCAGAAGUUAUUACUGGGAAAUUUGAUGCUUCACAAUCUUCUGGAAACAAUCGUGACAAUUAUUCAUGUUUAGUGGAUAUUUGGUCAUUGGGUUGUUUGGUGUAUGUCUUAUUAACAGCUCAUUUACCAUUUAAUGGGAAAACUCAAGCACAAAUGUUUCAAAAAAUUAAACUGGGUGAAUAUCAUGAAGCUCCAUUGAAAACAAUUGAAAUUUCAGAUGAUGCAAGGGAUUUCUUACAUCAUUGUUUACAAGUUGAUCCUCGGGAUAGAAUGAAUGCUACUGAAGCUUUAAGUCAUCGAUGGCUUAUUGGAGUUGAUCAAGAGAAUUCUCAAAAUAUUAUCAGCUUAUCGCAAUCACAAUCACAAUUGUCAAGGAAAAUCGAAAAUGGUUUACCAAUUACAACUUCGAUGAGUCAAAUCAAUGAGGAUAUAAUGAUGAGACCAUUGGAGAAGAAAAAGGAUAAUCAAGAAUUCAAGGUUCCUCGUAGAGUUGUACCUUUACCCCAAUCUCAACCUGUUAAAAGAUCGUUACCUUCCCCUUCAGGAAGUCCACCAAAGGAUUCAAAUUCCAAGCAAGCAAUUUCACAACCUAGAAAGAGAGCCAAAAUAGAUGGUGAAGGUUCAUUUCCAUUACAGAGACAGGAUGAGAUAUUGAAUAUACCUCUUGAUACGGUAAUUAGAUUAUCACCAACUCCAUAUUCCAAAUCUCAAACUCCCAUUUACAUACGUCAAGGGUUCAUAACAUAUGUUAUUGGAAGAAGUGAUGUUUGCGAUACAGUUGUGAAUGAUGAUAGAAUCUCAAAAGUGCAUUGUAUUUUUGUUAAACGAAGGCACCCUGUCCAUACCUUGAGUAUUCAUGAAAGUCCAGCACAUGGUCUAACAGACAUUUGGCUUCAUGAUGCGAGUACAAAUUCGUGUCUUGUUAAUGGUGUAUUGUUAGGGAAAGGGAAGAAGACCCAAAUAUAUAAUGGUGAUUGCAUAGACUUCUUUAAAGACGUCAAUGGGGAAAGAAUAGGGUUUAAAAUUGAAAUCAUUGAUCAAACAGGACUUUUCAAUAAAGGUAAUCGACUUUCCGAUCAUGAUAUGGGGCUAGUGAAUGUUUUAAAACAAGAUACCCACGAUAUGAAAUUUGAUCCAUUUAAGAAGUCAUCAUCGUCAUCAUUUGAAGGUGGAGAUAUUAUAACUAAAACCAAGAAUCGGAUUUCAAAAGAGAAUAAUAACAAUAAUAAUAAUAAUAGAAAUGAAUCAAGUACUACCACUAAAAGAGCUGAUUUACAGAUGAUUCAUGAUAGACCUAUAGAUAGUUGGCCAUGA